GGGAAGCAGAAGAAGGCGUUUCCGCUCAGGCGCACAUCCGGGUUCUUUUGUCCCCGGGGUCGCAGCCGGGCGCCCUCCCCGCCGCCUCAGAUCCGCUGCAGCCUCUGAAGAUGGCCCAGUUCAAGCGGCAGAAGCCCCUGCGGACCAGCAGCCUCCAGGGAGCCCCCCGGGGGUCGUUUCCAGGAGCACAGCCAGCCUCUCUACUGGGACCUGCCCCGGGUCUAUUAAAUCCUCCUAUUUCAGCAGAUAUCAUUCAAGCAACCCGCCAUCUUCAGGGAGGAGAGAAGCAGCGUGUUUUUACUGGCAUUGUCACCAGUCUCCAUGAUUAUUUUGGCGUGGUGGAUGAUGAAGUUUUUUUCCAGUUAAGGUGAGUAGAACGGGAGCAGCAGAGACAGAAGCGGGCCUCAAAUGGCUGCUCGAGGACAGUGUAACGUU